AAACUUGUCAAAAAUUGCAUCAGGCAAAUGUCAAAUUGUCAACAUAAUCCAAUGUUUUUGGACUUUGUUGACUGGUGAUUCGUGAUUGAUUGAGAUUUAAUUUUUUAGAUCUAUCCAUUGUAAAAUUUGUAAAAUUCAAUGCAGAAUUGAUUCGAUGACGUGAUUUUAUAAACACGUCGCUGAUUCACUUGUUGACUAUCAUUUGCAGUCAAAAAGCAGAAUAUUUAGUAUGUCGGAAAAUCCAGAUCCAGUAUCUCCAGCAAGAGAUAGAAAAGAAUUGAUGAACACAGACAGUAUGGCAAGCAAACAAGGUGAUGUUGACUUGGAUGAAGAAAUAUCAGCAAGAAUGACAGCUUCAUACAGCGAGAUAUCAUUCCAUUCUGACCAGGGACAAACUGAAGAGCAGGAGAGAGCACCAGGCCCAUCUAGACCUUAUGACUUACCAUCAGAGAACCGAAAGCAGGACAAAAUUCCUCUUGACAUGGAUGGACACGUCAGAUAUGAGGGAGACAUGACCCAUUAUGUAGCAGAUGAUUUAGAAUUUAAAAUAAAACUAUGUAGUCCAAUCACAAAGAGAGGAGAAACACCAGUGUUUGGAAGCUCCAGUGCAUCCCGCUCGAGCACACCUUCGGGAAAGCUUUAUAGACAAAUAUUAGCUCCUCAAAUUGGACAAAUAGAUAUAACAGUAUUACAUGAUCUUGAAUAUGAAGCCCAAAGAAUUGCACAGUCUGUUGAUAAUCUAAUUGAGAACUUAUCCAGCAUUUUACAUUCUAAUUCUUCCCUUACUGCUGAGAAUAUGGAAGUGUAUAAAGAGGCUGUGGGCAAAACUUGUGAUGCAAUGGACAAUAAUAUAAAGAGUAUGUACACUAUUCUGGCUAAAGGAGAAGAAGUGUCACAAGCUAUGAUCCCAGUACAGGCCCAAGCGGCAAGAAUAGCUGAAAUUAAAAGGCUUCUACAAUUAUUUGAAAAUAACUUUUAGUUAUAUAGAUGAAUGCUAGAUAUGAUUAAUUUGUAUUAUAAUGUUAUUGUCUAAGUAUUAAUAAAAUAAGAAUUAAAUGAA